AUGCCACCUCCUUUACCAUGUAAUAAAGAACAAAUAGUAGGGCUUCUGGAACAUUGGAUAACAAAUAAGGAAGAGACUUUACCACCAAUAUCCAUAGAACCUACUACAACAGAUAAGAUGCACGAACGGUAUUGCCACUACCAAAUAAGUGUAUAUCAUCCGACCGUGGAAUGUUAUUCACUUCGCUACAUUGUCCAAAGAAAGAUAUCUAAAGGAGAAUUGGAGAUAGGGGACCAGAGCAUCACCAAUGAUCCGCAUCCUCAACAUCAAGUUAUGAUGAUUUCACACGACCAUGCCUAUGGAGAAACUUGGACGCCUUGGGAAGAUACAGAAGAAGAAGAAGAAUGUGAAGCAUCCGAGACAGUGGUCUUCCCGGAUAUAAAUGGAGUCGCCAUUAAGUUUUCUCAGACUAUUCUGGCUCAACAAUUCUUCGAUUCUCUAGGUUUCAGUGAAAACCAAAUCCGUGAAGCAUCCAAAGCCAUAACUACAAUUGCAUCUGGAGGAUCAUAUGAUCCGCUGCCUAAGGAAGCUAUCAUAUUUACGGAUGAAGAUAUAUGUUACCCUGGAGAGCACCUUCUCCCUCUAUAUCUAACAACCCACAUCAACAAACAGCCGCUUAAACGAGCCUUUAUAGAUGAAGGAGCUUCACUUAACAUGAUCUCAUUACAUACACUGGACAUGUUGGGGGUAUCACGGACGACAAUAAAGAUGCGCGCAACAACAGUAAGAGGUUUCAGAGGACAAACUCAAACGACAAUCUGGAUAGUACAUCUAAUGAUGAAAAUCAGGCCCAUCAAGGCGCUUACUCCUUUCUAUGUCUUUGAGGAUGAUACCACAUUCCAUGUAUUACUCGGAAGAGGAUGGAUUUUGAAUCACAAAGUGGUAGCAUCUACGUAUCAUCAAUGUGUUAAAACCGAUAUCGGAGGAAGACAGUAUCAGAUCCCAGCCACGAGCAACCCAUUCGGACCAGAUGAAGCUUAUAUGGACAAUGCAGUCUUCUAUACGCAGCCCGUCUUAGAAUAA